UAAGGUGGCCAUAUUUUAUGCCACCUGGGUUUUGCUUCAGACAGCUGUAAUUUGCUUCGCCGUUAAAGUAUUAUUAAAAUAGAUUAUAUACAGAGUUUAGAAAAUCAUGCCUUAUUAUCAGACAUGGGAAGAGUUUGCGCGAGCUGCCGAGAAACUUUAUUUGACGGACCCAAUGAAGGUCAGAGUGGUGCUGAAAUACAGACACUGUGAUGGAAAUCUCUGUAUGAAGGUCACAGAUGAUGCUGUUUGUUUACAGUACAAGACUGACCAGGCCCAAGAUGUGAAGAAGGUUGAGAAACUGCAUGGGAAACUGAUGAGAUUAAUGGUCUCCAAAGAAACUCACAGUGGGUCAAUGGAAACAGACUGAAUGCGUCAAAUGAAACUGUUGGGAUUGGACAGUUGUUCUUGACUCGGUCUGACUGACAAUGAAGAGAGACUGAUUUAUAGGAGGAUCGAGAAGACGUUUGGUUGAUGAUUUUUUUGACUGGUGUCCAUGCGCUCAUUUGGAGAGCAAGCAGCAAGAGCAUCUUACAAGGGGCUGAUAUUUGUGUUCUGAAAGUCGGACAGCAUUGUUUUCAUUUGGUCUGCCUAUUAUUUAAUGUUUGGAGAAAUCUUUUAGAUUUUAACCGCAAUAUCAAGGGAUGUAUUUCUUGAAUGAGUCCGUAUUUUGUAUAUCUAAGCCUGAUGUACACUAAUCCUUAAUAAAUUUCUUUUUUUCUUUC